AUGGAGUACCAGACGCAAUCCAAGGCAGCGCUAGACCAGCUUUGCCGGGAGAGAUCUAUUCCCUGUCGGGGAAAAACAAAAGAGGAACUAUUGCAAGCACUGGUGGACUAUGAUAUGCAACAAGCAGUGCAAAAUGAUGCCUCAAACACUGCAGGGGAGAUACCUGCAGCUUUUGUCCGUGAUGUACCGAGUUCUGGAGAUCCUUUGGAUUGUUACUUACAAACUGUGUUGAAAUAUGUGGACUCAGCAGACGCAAACCAAAGACUACAGCUUAUCCUUCAAUAUCAGGAGACUGCAGAGCGGCAGGCUGAGAGAGAGGCUGCGGAGCGACAAGCUGCCAGAGAGCAUGAGCUAAAAAUGGCUGAGUUGGAGAGGUUGACUGCCUCCCCGGUAAGUAUUAAUUCCAGAGACUCUUCUGCACCCAAACCACGUGCAGAGAAUUUUCCAACUUUGGACAAAGAUGGUGAUUUGGAUGUUUUCCUGCGCAGUUUUGAAAAAGUUUGCAGGCAGUACCAGCUACCAAAGGACCAGUGGGCAAAAUACCUCACCCCUGGUCUCAGAGGUCCUGCACUGGAAGCAUUUGCUGUGCUUCCAGCAGAGUUUGACCAGGACUAUGAUGCGAUUAAGGCUGCCUUGCAAAAACGGUACAACCUUACUCCUGAGGUGUACCGAAAGAAAUUCAGGACUUUGCAAAAGCAUCCCACAGAAAGUUAUGCAGCAGUUGUGGGGCACCUGGCGACAGCAUUCUGACAGUGGACUACAGGGCUGGAGAUUACCACUUUGGAAAGUUUGCAAGACCUGUUAAUAAAAGAACAGUUUUUGCAGCUCUGCCCAGCCGAUGUACAGGAAUGGCUGCUGGACCGGAACCCCAAAACAGCAUUGGAAGCUGGUAAGCUGGCAGAUGUCCACACUGCCAACCGAGCAACAGUGGACCGGAGCAGAGGGUUUGCCAAGGGAGCAUCCAGCUGGAGGACCACUCCACCAUGA